CCUGGUGCUUGUGAGAUGCAAAUGAUGAGAAUAAUAGGACCUCUGUCCCCAGGCCAUUUGUGGUAGAGCCUGGGCUCCCAGGGAUCAGAGCUCCUUCAGCCCAGCCAUGGACAAGCUCAGGGGAAGCAAGCUCCAGUUGGAGCCACCCAUUCCACCCCCUAGAUAUGUAGUCCCCUGUCCAGAUUCCCCAGCCUGGAACAAAGAUGCCCCCAGCCCAUCUCCUUGGCCCACCCCGGGGAGCAGCAGAUUUAAGGUAAGUGCAGCUGCUGAGCCUGGGGUGGAGGGAGGUGGGCCACAGUGCCUACCACUGGUACUGCCCCUCUUCUGUCCCUUCUGGAAAGCCCAGGGGGAGGAGGAAGAAGAUGAAGAUGAAUACGAGAUGCCCCCCUGUGAGGCUCUGCCGUUUAGUCUCGCCCCAGCCCACCUUCCUGACACCGAGGAGGACUCUAUAUACUUGGAUCACCCUGGCCCCGUGGGCGCAUCCAAGUCACCACCAUCGCAGCCCCAGGCCACAACGCUGAAGGCGAUACUGAACCUGAAGGAGGCUAGGAAGCAGGGACAGCCCUUCCCCCUCAGGAAGCAAGAGCUGGUUACACCAGCCAGAGAGGUUCCAGACCUUCCAAAGAAACCUGAAAAUAACAUCUAUGUGAUAUUCCCAGCCUUGACUAGGACUCUGAGCUCCCAAGUCCUGAUGUCCCCAAUCUCUCUGCCAAGGAUAUCAAUGAUGCCCAGGCCCGCUGUAGGUCCCCAGGAAGCUCGGAAUGGAGCAGCGAAUGCCACCUCUAAAGCAGGAAGGAGAUCUUCUCUUUCCUCUAGAGCACCUACCUGGAGCACCUCAGCUGCUGAGGACGGCAGCCUGCUGGGUCAGCCCUGGUACUCAGAAAACUGUGACCGCCAUGCUGUUGAGAGUGCCCUGCUCCGAUUCCAAAAGGAUGGCGCCUACACUGUGCGCCCCAGUUCAGAGCCUCACAGCUCCCAGCCCCUCACCCUGGCAGUGCUUCUCCAUGGCCGGGUCUUCAAUAUUCCCAUCCGGCAGCUGGACAGUGGGAGGCAUUAUGCCCUGGGCCGGCAGGGCAGGAACCACGAGGAGCUGUUUCCGUCCGUGGCCGCCAUGGUCCAGCACUACAUACAGCACCCCCUGCCCCUUGUGGACAGAUACAGCCACCGCUGUCAGCUCACCUGCCUGCUCUUCCCGACCAAGCCCUGACCACAGCGCAGAUUGUA